GGUGGCGACAGAAGCUGCUCAAAGGCGAGAACGUCACCCUUCCACUUGCUGUGAACUGCAGCCGGCGGUGAUUAGAGGGGACUCAGGUGCUGCUGGUGAUGCAGAGAAAGUUGGCAUCUCUCAAGUUGCCCAUCGCUGAAUACCCCCCAAACCCUGAGGCUGGACCCUACAGUGACACCCCCACCAUGAAGGUGCUCCUCAGCACACUCUGGCUUGCUGUGGCCUGUAGCCCCGUUCACACUACCCUGUCAAAGUCAGAUGCCAAAAAAGCUGCCUCGAAGACACUGCUGGAGAAGACUCAGUUUUCAGAUAAGCCUGUACAGGAUCGGGGUCUGGUGGUGACAGACCUGAGGGCUGAGGACGUGGUUCUCGAGCACCGCAGCUACUGCUCGGCCCAGGCCCGGGAGAGGCACUUCGCUGGGGACGUGCUGGGCUAUGUCACUCCAUGGAACAGCCAUGGCUAUGAUGUUGCCAAAACCUUCGGGGGCAAGUUCACACACAUCUCGCCGGUAUGGCUGCAACUGAAGAGGCGCGGCCGUGAGAUGUUCGAGGUCACAGGCCUCCACGACGUGGACCAAGGGUGGAUGCGGGUGGUCAGGAAGCAGGCCAAGAUCUUACGCAUAGUGCCUCGGCUCCUGUUUGAGGACUGGACUCACGAGGACUUCCGGAACGUCUUGGACAGUGAGGAUGAGAUAGAAGAGCUCGGCAGGACGGUGGUCCAUGUUGCCAAGAGCCAGCAUUUUGACGGCUUCGUGCUGGAGGUCUGGAGCCAGCUGCCGAGCCAGAAGCACGCGGGCCUCAUCCACAUGCUCACCCACAUGGCUGAGGCACUGCACCAGGCCCGGCUGCUGGCCAUCCUGGUCAUCCCUCCAGCUGUCACUCCUGGAACCGACCAGCUGGGCAUGUUCACCCACAGGGAGUUUGAGCAGCUGGCCCCUGUGCUAGAUGGCUUCAGCCUCAUGACCUACGACUACCCCACAGCUCAGCAGCCGGGACCCAAUGCACCACUGUCCUGGGUACGAGCCUGUGUGCAGGUCCUAGACCCCAAGUCCAAGUGGCGGAGCAAGAUCCUCCUGGGGCUCAACCUCUAUGGCAUGGACUACAGCGCUUCCAGGGAUGCUCGCGAGCCCAUCACUGGGGCCAGACCCAGACUUGGGGGUCACGUCCUUCUGCCCGAGGGGUGCCCUGUGCACUUCCAGCCAUGCUCGUGGCGAGUUCUCCAGCGCGGCCCCCUCGGCACAGCUCAGGAAGGCACCUCGUGUGAUCAGCCGCCAGCUCCAGUGCCGUCAGGGUGGCUCCCAGCCUCGGGCUGUGGGCAGAGAGACCCUCACCACAGCUGUCUCUGUACUGUACAGGCCACAGUUUGAUUCGGACAUGCCUUCGUGCAGCUUUCUUUGUGUUUCUAGCACUUGCUUUUCAGUGAGC